UUCGCUCGGCGCACAGCUUCACAUUCCGCCUGUGCGUCUGUCCCCGUUUUGUUGCCCAUACUGCCUACUACGGGAUAUUUGCGAUUGGCUCGUCCCUCCUUCUCCUCCCUCCCUCCCGCGUGAUUGUAUGUAAAUCCGGUCGGGACUGAGCCAGUAGGUGAGGUUGGGGCUGGUGGCUCCCGCCUCGGUGGCGCACAAGAGACCCGAGAGCGGCCGAGGUGAGAUCGCUGCUGCCGACGGAGCUGUCCACUCUGCUGUGGUGCUGAACUCCACAUCUCUCUCCUCUUUGUCCCUCCUCCUCCUUCUGCUCUUUCGGCUCUUCUGUACGUCCGUGAUAUUUUGGGAAAGGAUUAACAACCUGCCCUUUGGCUGCUUAUAGGUGCAAAGAACUUCUCCUGAGGACAACCCUCUCUCCGCACAUCGGAAAUUGCACUACACCGGCCGUGGAUUUGACCGGAGCUCGAGAUUAUUUUUAAUAGCACUUUGUUGAGAAGUGUUUCUUCCCUCCGUUCAUCUGUAAUCUCGCUUGGAUUACCCUCCUGGAUGAUUCACGUCUGGACACAAAGGAAAAGACCAAUGAAGACAACCAGAUGGUGGUCGGUGGCAAUUCUACUGUUGGGGCUCACUGUGCUCGGCGCCAAUGGGAGACCCAACAAGGAGGGAUUCAGGUCGCCGCCCUAUCGACCAGUCGUGAGAUUCCGACACAAGCAGGAUGGGAUCCCUGAGAGUUUGAAGAUAAAGGGUUUAAUGGCACACAGUGGCUUUCUGGGUCCAUGUGAACACAAGUAUUGUGGUUUGGGCCGUCACUGUGUGGUCAACCAUGAGACUGACCAAGGGGAGUGUAAGUGUUUGGAUCACUGUAAACCACACUAUAAACCUGUGUGCGGUUCAGAUGGGAAGCUGUACCAAAACCAUUGUGAGCUGCACCGGGCCUCCUGUCUCAGAGGACACAGGAUUACCAUCAUGCACAGUGAGGAGUGCUUCUACAAAGAUGAUAACUGCAGGCUGAGCGACUACCGCCGACUGAAAACCAAGAUUAUGGAUUUGCAUGACAAGCGAUACACGGGGUCUAACAUCCAUGGCGCCCACAAGGACAACAUGGCUGCCAGGAAGCAACUGGUUGAUAUGAUGUUCAAACGAUUUGAUGCAGACAACAGUGGUCAGAUAGAUGCUAGUGAACUGUCACAGGUGAUCAAGCACGAAGGCCUGUCCAAGGAUGUCUCAGAGUGCACAUUGUUUGACCUGCUGAAGUACAACGACUUCAAUGACGACGAGCACCUGACAAAAGAGGAGUUUUACACAGCUUUUGAUGUGUACCUGCUCACCCUCCCAGAUGACCAGAAAGUGAGCGUCACCACUGUGACAGUUGGCCAGAGUGCCGUGUUGACUUGUGCCAUCACGGGGGAGCGGAGGCCUCCUAUAUUGUGGAAGAGAAAUCACAAAUAUCUGAACUCCUUGAACCUGGAAGACAUCAAUAUCCCAUCUCAGGACUUUGGGGAUGACGGCUCGCUGUACAUCACCAAGGUGACUACGACACACAUGGGAAACUACACCUGUCAUGCCGAUGGUUAUGAGAAACUUUUUCAGACCCACACUCUUCAAGUGAAUGUUCCUCCUGUCAUCCGAGUGUACCCAGAGAGCCAAGCCAGGGAGCCGGGUGUUACUGCCAGCCUGCGCUGCCAUGCUGAGGGCAUUCCCAGCCCCCAGCUGGCCUGGCUGAAGAAUGGCAUGGACAUCACUACCAAGCUGUCCAAACAGCUCACCUUGCAAGCUAAUGGAAGCGAAGUGCACAUCAGCAACGUGCACUUUGAAGACACCGGUGCCUACACCUGCAUCGCUAAAAAUGAGGCUGGAGUGGACGAGGACAUCUCUUCACUAUUUGUGGAGGACUCAGCACGCAAAACUUUGGCAAACAUCUUGUGGAGAGAAGAAGGUCUCGGUAUUGGCAACAUGUUCUAUGUGUUCUAUGAAGAUGGUAUUAAAGUCAUUCAGCCUGUGGCAUGUGAGAUACAGCGACACAUUAAACCCAGUGAGAAGCUGCUGGCACUGCAGGAGGAGGUGUGCCCAACCACACCAGGAGAGGAGGUUCAGAGAUGUGUGUGGUCAUCAGCAGCCAACAUCAAGGACAAGUUUAUUUAUGUGACACAGCCAACCUUGGAUCGAGUGCUCAUAGUUGACAUCCAGUCUCAGAAGGCUGUCCAGACGGUCAGCACCGACCCUUAUCCUGUGAAGCUUCACUAUGACAAAUCUCAUGACCAGGUGUGGCUGCUCAGCUGGGGAGACAUGGAGAUGAACUUCCCUACUCUCCAAGUGAUCAAUCAGGCUAGUGGAAGAGUCUCCCACCACACUGUGCACACACAGCCAGUCGGCAGACGCUUCGACAGGGUGGAUGAUUUCUUCAUUCCCGCCUCCAGCCUCAUCAUUAACCACAUCAGAUUCGGACUCAUCCUUCAUCGAAAUGAGCCUGUUCUCUACAAGAUCGACCUGGAGACAACAUCAUAUGUGAAAAACAUCAGCUUACGAGAAUAUAACUGCAUCCCCAAGUCUGUAGCCUACACCCAUCUCGGAGGCUACUACUUUGUCAACUGCAGGCCUGACUCGACUGGUGCCACGCAGCCCCAAAUCAUCUUGGACAGUGUAACAGACAGUGUGAUCGGUCAAAACCGCGACGUCACUGGCACUCCCUAUGUGUCUCCGGACGGCCACUACAUGGUCACUGUUGACGAUGGUGAUGGCCUGAUGAGGAUCCAGAUGAUCUCAGAGCGGGGAGAGAUCCAGGAGCCCUUUGACAUUCACACCAACCUUCACCUGUCUGAUUUGGCCUUCCAGCGCUCCUUCACAGAAGUCCACCAGUACAAUGUGUUCGGCAGCUCCGGUCGUCAAACUGAUGCUCUGUUUGUGGAGCUGAGCACUGGAAAAGUAAAGAUGAUCAAGAGCUUGAAAGAGGCCACCAAGUCAUUCGAAUGGCCAUGGAGCAGUAGGAACAGGGUAAUGGUAGGCAGCGGACUGUUUGGACAGUAUCUGAUGACCCCAUCCAGAGAGGCUCUCUUCAUCCUGGAUGGACGGCUCAACAAGCUCAACUGUGAGAUCACUGAUGUUCUCAAGGGCAAUGUGGUGGUGUGGGUUGGGGAGUCUUAGGUCACAACAUUGAGACCCAAUGAGCUUUCUUUUCCUCAAAGGUACUGUUGCACUGAAUUCUGUUGCAAUUCUUUUUAUUUUGUGGGAAGCGCGAUGAAUACCACAGAUUCUGAAACCAAAUUGAAAAUUUGUGAAACUAAUGGAUGAAGGACUGUCACCCAAAAAAGAAGAAAAAAUACAAGUGAUGGAGUAAUUGAUUGAUACUGUCUUAAUGCCAAGUUAAAAUCAUUGUUUCUGCUGGGUGGUUCAAGUUAAAGUCAAUAUAAAGUUGCUUGCUGGUAACAUUUUCAGGAAAAUUGGUAUGAAUCAAUAAAUGUGUACAACUUUGUUAUUAUUGGUUUUAUUCGGUGUGUGGGAAUGCUGUAGAUAUUCUCUGAACAAAAACUAAUAUCUAAGUGAAUUGGCAGAAAUUUAUAUAUAUAUAUAUAUAUAUAUAUAUAUAUAUAUAUAUAUAUAUAUAUAUAAAUACACUGUAUAUGUCCAGAUUAAUUCUUGUAAUUUAAGUUUAUCCAUCCUCAACUUUUUUCCUGUGCCUUGAAGGAAAAUUCCCCUCCAUCAGAGGAAUUAGCUUAAUUAUUCCCAGUGUGACUGCAGACUACACCUCUUCCUUUGACCUCUCCAUUCAUGGUGAGCGUGGUUCCACACAAAUCGGCUCUUGUCUAUCUGUUCGUCCGCCGCAACCGACUCAGUCUAAUUAAAGUGAGCCCUUGCUGUGAUCCUAUCCUGUUUGAAGUGCAGACUGAGAGACUGAGUGGUUCAUUACGGUAUUGCGAUCUGUAACCUUUGAUCCGAAAUUAUAACCAGCGUUGGAGGGUGUUGAAAAAUAUAAAUGUAUUUUUUUUUUUACCCUUUUUAGUCCAAAGCUGAAAAAUGAAAGUCAGUGGCAAUGUGAGUUAAAUUGUAUCAGCUUUAUACACUACACUUUGUGAAAUUUAAAAUGUUCCUUAGCAAAGAAUCAAUAGUGCACUUGUGCAAAAUCCUAUCAUAGCUUGAUCCCAACGAUAUCCGUGGACCAAAAGAAAAGCAUCAUAGAGAAUGAUAGAAUGAACUGUGAAAAACAUGCUGUGUCUGCUCUAUUUGACAUCAUGUUUCAAGUGGAUGUUUUAAUGUGAAGUAGUGAUGAGCUAGCACAGUACGGAGUGGGGUAGUAGUGGUUGUAUUGUGUAGUGGGUCUUUGAGGAAAAGCCUUGAAUAGAGGAAACAAAUUUUUCUGAAUGCUCCUGCAGUAGAUACAUAGUUGGCAAUCAAUGAAACCUAGCUGGACACAUUUCUAUGCAUUUUCACCCUGGCACUCUAUGACUCUGUGAAUCACAUCGGGCAACUGUAUCAAAUCUAGUAUGGACUUUUGACGUGUACAGAUUAUAUAAAGUCAUCGUAUCUUUCCUGUUAAAUCUUAGUUGGUCACAUUCUGAUAAUAAUUUCAUUUGAUCCUUUUAUUCCCCAGCUACAUGUUGUUUUCCAGCUUUUAAACCUGACUGUACUGCUGAUAAUGACCUCUGACCUUUCUUUCUAUUUAUGUUCUGUACAUAGCAGCUGACUGUGAGUCCUUUAGUUAUCCAUUGCUGUAUAGAUUCACACAGGUUCUGUUCACUUUCCGAGCUAAUAAUCACACUCCUUUUUAAUAAAUGAAAACAAACAUCCUGUACUAAGCACAUUGUGAUCACAAACACUGCUUUCACCUCCAUACAGCCAUGACUUGUAUGUUCCUUCAUGUGAUUGUUAUUUAUAUAGCAAGAACACGCUUGUCAUUUUACUCAACAAUAAAAAAUAGACCAUGAAAAAGAAGUGUAAUAUUGUCUUUUUUCCUCAUUAAAACAACCAGUUAAGCAGUAGAUGCUGCUGCAUCAAAAUCACGUAAAAGUUUCCUUUAGGAGUUAAAGCAGCCUGUUACCAAUUAUUAUGCUCAAAGAACAAGGCCAAGACUCUGUUGUCCCCUUUGGGUAAUUUUAUCCUAAAAAAGUAUCAUUAUAUUUAGCAAAGAAAGAAUAUACAAUUGUAGGACAAGAGAUCUGUGACUGAGAGAAAAGCAGACUGAGUUUGGUUGAGGUAACUUGUCAUGUAUUUAAUGUCAGAUACUCUAAGAUAAUUUCAGAAGGAGCACACAAACAGAGAUGCAUAGCAACC